AUGCCCAAGGUGAAGCAUUAUUCGGCAGCUUGGCUGUCCAAGAACGCCCCGGGCAACCAGCUCUUUGAGCCUUCGGCCGACUCCCUGCGAUCCAAAGCCCUGUCGUCGCCCUCGAAGAAGAAGCAGACUCCGGGACCCAGGAGAACCAUUGCCCGUCGCGGAACGGAGGUGUUUGUUGCCGUGGGGAAGGAAAUCCGAUGGGGUGAUCUGGUCUACCUCAAGGAAGAAUGGAUGGAGAAACAGUCCAGGAGGAGGAGAAGUUCGAGCGUUCGAGUGAAGCAGGAGGACGAUACCUUGCACUCGAUUGAGCUUGAGCCGGCUGAGAUGGCCGCUGGAUGGAGGACACUCAAAAUACCGGUGGCCGACGACAUCCGACAGCUCAGCAUCUCCCCGAACACGAACCUGCUGGCCGUUCUCACGACGCAUACCGUCCACAUCUGUGUGCUGCCCGACUCCUCUCACCUGACGAGCGACGAUGCCAGCCCGUUGAAGCCUAAAACGUACACCCUCGGACCGACGACCCACGUCACCUCUCGCGCUCCCAUUGCAUCCGCUCUAUGGCACCCUCUGGGAGUUAACGGCUCUUGCGUGGUGACUGUCACGGUUGACGCAAUUGUCCGCGUGUGGGAGCUGUCGACGCAGGACCGCUGGUCGUUUGAUUCUCCAACAACGUCAAUAGACUUGAAGAAGUUGGCGGAUGGUACGAAUGUGGACCAGGAUUUCUCUGCAUCGGUGUCGGCCACCAGCAAGGCCUUUUCUCCCGACUCGUUUGAGAUGGAGGUGGCCGCAGCAAGCUUCGCGACUAAGGGAUCCGGCGGCUGGAAUCCGAUGACGUUGUGGGUGGCCAUGCGAGAGGGAGAUGUGUAUGCGCUGAGCCCCCUUCUGCCACAGCGUUGGGCACCUCCGCCGACAUUGAUACCUUCGCUUUCAGUGUCCAUCGUUACCACCGUAGCGGCCAUUGAGGACGACCCUAGUGUUGACGACAAGACCAGGCUGUUGGCACAGCAACAGCUGCAGUGGAUGGGCGAGAUUGAUUCUCAGGAACCCCAAAUCAUCGAUUCUGUGAUCCCAGGGGAGCCUGCCCUGGAGGUUUACACGAGACCUACACGGCCUGGCGUUACACCUCGUCUUCAAGGACCGUUUGAUUUGCAGUCGGAUCCAGAAACAGGAGAUGACUUGGAUAGCUCCAUCACGGACAUCCUUGUCAUAGGAAAGAAGACGGAGACAGAGGAUCUCAUGCUGGGCGAGGAAGACGAACUGGAUUUCGACAAUGGAGAUCAGGAAGGUCUCUCUCUCACCAUCGUUUGUCUGUUGUCAACCAGCGGCCAAGUACGAGUUUACCUGGAUACCGAUGGAGUCCAAGCCCAGUGGCUCCCCCCCAAGGGCAAGAGCAGGCUCAUCCGUGCUCUAGCAGCUGAAACGGAGCCGCCUACUUUGCUGGCGUUCCAGGCCAUUGAUACCAUGACCCCAGUCGAAGUCAACGAGGGCAGCUGGCCGGUCUUCAGCCUGGACGUUACGUCACGAUACAGCUUCUUUGUUACACACCACGCAGCCAUCACCUUCAUUUCGCUCACUCCCUGGAUUUUCAGACUAGAGGGAGAGCUACAAGGGGAGUUUGAAGCCGGUACGGAUUUCCGUGUCGGUCUCCUGGCCAACUCACAGUCAAUCAGAGACAGGGUCUACGCACAACAGGCAGCAGAUGUCAAUAUCCCCCUGGCAGCUUGUGUUACCAUUAGGGAUCCGGAUCUUGAAUACUUUUUACUCUCAGCAACCCCCUACGAGCCUAUCGCUCUGACGUUUGAGACACCUGAUGACGAGCGAGUCAUCAUAAAACUGGAACAGGAGACCCCCGUCCGCGAACGUGAGGCUAGCAUGGCUCCUCUGGACUUUUACGAGCCCCGCCCAGUAUACUACCCUCCACACACCUUUAGCGAAUCAUCUGCUCUAUCAGAGCUGCUGGAGCGCUUGCGCACGUCUCGCCACAAGACCAUCGUUGGCCAGGAGGUGAGACUCAGUCCACUAACACUGUCCAUCUUCACCGACGCGCACAAGGUGCUCAGUGAGGAGACGUACAAGCUGGGUGUAGCCGCGGCCGAGGUGUUUCGCCGAUGUGAACUCUUACAAGCGGAAUUGCGGCAACAGGUCAGGAAAGCCAAUGAGGUCAAGGGCAAGAUUGACACCAUCAACGGAGUUCAUAGGGAGAAUAAGGAGCCAGAUAAUGCCAUGUACGAGAGGCGAAUCAAUGAGGCCAGGGAGCGGCAGGAAAGACUAACGCAACGGAUGGAGGACCUGCGGAAGAUGGUGAGCAAGGGAACUACGCGGGAUCUAAGCACCAAAGAGCGGGCAUUUGUGGAGGAAGUCAAGUCUAUGGAGGGUAGUGUAUGCGGACCGGCUCCAGGGGCUGAGGCCGGGUCUCGAAACCUGGCGAAGCAGGUAUGGAAGCGGCUGGAGGAGGUCAAGAGGCUGCAGGCAGAGCUGGUGGCCGAGGCCGAGGCCCAGAAGAACGCCAGCGGGCCCGAGUCCCCAGCAUCAACGAGCGUGGAUCUCCGAAUCCCACAAGACAUACGACGCAGCAAGCUGCAGCAGGUGCAAGGUCUGCUGUCCAGAGAGUCUGCGCUAGUUGAAGCGGUGACAUCACGGCUGGAGCGACUGCAGGCCAGCAUGUAA